UUAACUAAAAAGAAAACCACAAAGGAAAACAAACAUUCGAACGGAUGUCUAGACACUCGGUUGAAACGCAAAAUCACAGGGCUUGUUUCAAGUUUCAACCUUCGUGGUUCCGGAGAGUACUCGACCCUUGACAGCGCCUCCAUCUUAAUUAAACAAACCCAACACUAAUUACAACUGAUUACUAGUAUAUCCGUUCUAGAACUGAAGAUUAACAACAGUCUCUGAUGAUGUCGACGAAGAUGAUGGUCAGACGGAUUAGAAAAGUGGCUCCAUUUUUAUCUUCUUCCUCAUCAUCUCCAUUAAAAUCUGGCUGCGGCUGGUUUUCAUCAAAAUCAUCAACGGACGUCGCUGCAGUUGAUGUUGCCGACGUCAGCGCAGAAGAAGAGCUACUGUACCCAUCCGUUGCUUCCACCGUGAAGCCAGUGGCCACACUCCCCACUCUCCUUCAGCCUCGUGUCGUCGUCUAUGAUGCUGUCUGCCAUCUCUGCCACCGAGGGGUGAAGUGGGUGAUUGAAGCAGACAAAUACGGGAAGAUUAAGUUCUGCUGCCUGCAAUCUAAGGCUGCAGAACCAUAUUUGGCACUCUGUGGUCUUAACCGAGAGGAUGUUCUCCGUCGCUUUCUCUUCAUUGAAGGUCCAGGAUCAUACCACCAAGCUUCCACUGCUGCACUGAGAGUAAUGUCAUACUUGCCUCAGCCUUACUCUGCUCCGAGCACACUCUUGAUAAUUCCAACUCCUAUCAGGGAUGCUGUCUAUGAUUAUGUUGCCAAGCACCGCUAUGGCUGGUUUGGGAAGGCUGACGAGUGCUUAGUUUUGAAAGAGAAAGAGCUGCUUGAGCGUUUCAUAGAUAGGGAUGAGAUUAUUCGUGGGGGUAGAUCAGAUUUGUGAUUACCUCUUCCAAACCAUAACCAGCUAUAUGAUUUGGUGUAAAGGUGAUGAACACUAAGACGAUAGAGUUGUAAGAGCAAAUUCAGGUAAACAUGCAGUGAAGGUUUAGCAGCUGCACGCUAAUGAAGAUUCUUUCGUCCAAAAAACUGGCAGUGUCUUCCUCUACCUUGGUAUUUAAUUGUUCGGCAUUUUAUUUUGUAGGCUUAAUCUUCUGGCUCCGGGAUCAAUUUAUCUCAUGUGCACAUAGAUCAGAGAUUGGGCAUUGAAUUUCAAUCAAUCAGUCCUUUUUCUCUUC